GAGACUUUUUUGACUUCGACAAGUUUACUGAGACAAAAGAUUAAAUCUCAAAAGGAUAUGGGAGAGAGAGAGAGUGAGAGGAAAUUUGUGCGGUGCACAUUACAUCAAAUUUUAUACUUCAGUCACAUAAUUUUUUGCUAUUCACUUUCCUAUAUCUCCAAUUUCAAAAUAUGAUUUUCAUGUUUUGCACAGAUGGCGGCCUUCAUCACAUAGCAAAGCGUGCAGACAGGGAAGGUAUCCAGUAUAAUAAGACACUUAACAAACUGACGCCAUACUUUACCCGUCUUGCAUCCAGUGUCCCCGUUUAUUACAAACUCAUUGAUGAUACCCAGGCAACGCGAAAAAGAAGAUUCAAGUAUAGUGAGAAAACCAUCAACCUGGUCAACGGAAUGGCCCUGCACCAACUACAGGGAACCGGUGUGACUAUCUGGGACAGCACGUUACCUCUGUCUGUUCAGUACACUGACGCCUGUCUGCAGCACCACAAGACCACGCCCCCUAUGUUCGAGUGGAAAUGCGAUGAUAUUGGCCAUCUUGGCUAUAUUUUCGUGGAACAAGUCGCUGAUAUGUUGUAUAACGCUGUCUGUAACGAAUACUUAGAUCUUGAUGAGGAUUACUGCGGUGAUUAGGUGGAUACCAUA